AUGUGUUCAUCAUCCUCUUCGUCGCGCCGCCGCCGCCGCCGCCUCGGCGCGGGAUUGGGGGGCUCUCCGAUGCCUUCUCGCGCUGCAGCUCCUGCCCCAAGCCGGGCCGAAAAGGAGACUGGCGGCUGCGGUUUUCUGCGCGACUUCCUCGGAUUUCCCCACAAACGCGCUGAUAGUUCGGACGCGGCUCUCCUCCCGAACUCCCCUCAGUCCCUGCCCGCACCCUGCGCUCGCGGAGGGGGUGUCGGGGCCAACGCGCCAGAACCCGGCUCCUCCGAAGCCCCCGCCGGCCGCAGCCCCCCGCGGGCCUCCCGCCCCCGCCCCUCCCCCUCGCCCCCACCCCGUGGCUGCAGCUUCGGGCUCCGCGGCUCAAAAACAAACAGCCGAGGCGCCGCCAGCUCCGCGCUCUGCCACCGCCCCGGACGCAGAGCGGCGCUGGACCCGUCGGUCCUCGGUCGGGCGCGGCGGCUGAGGGCAACGCGCCCCGCGUCGGGGGGCGGCCGUGCCAAAGCCAGGCGUCUUGUUCCUGGCGUCCCGGGGCGUCCCGCACCUCUGCGCCUCCGGGGUGGGCCCAUGCGCUGCGCUCCGGUCUCCGCGCCCCGUUGGGCUGCGACCGCGGCCCCCAGGUACGUCUUGGGCUGGAGAACCGAGGCACAGGUGGAGGAGUGCGGGCUGGAAAAGAUCUGGCGCUUCUGUUCCUGCAGACUUCAGGCUCGGAGUUCAGGCCGGCGAGGGGCCUGGCAGGGCAAGAGCAGGGUGGCCCCAACUAAGAGGCCUAAUGGGUAAAAACAGCCUUCGAGUACCGAAAUCUGCACGGCCGAAACCCGUUAAAACUGCAGUCCCCAGAGAGUACUUCCUAUAGACCUGCUCACCCAAUGGAGAGUUGCUGCUGGGCCCAAACUACCCAGGGAAGAGCUCCAGAGCGGGCUGCAGCAGUGUGCGGAGCCUUCCGACUACCAGAGGCAUCGCUUCCCUGCCGAGAUUCAAAUGUCUCUGCC